GCCCAGCUGCUGAGGAAGGCACACGGGAAUGGCAGGGAAGAGGGGGGGGGGCAUGGCAACUUUGUCGAGGAGGAGCAAUAGUUGCUAUUAUGGCGUGCCGCAAACGAUUCCUCGAUUCCGCGAGAGAGCUGGACUCGACCCACAGUAGCAUUUCGCAUCUGUAACGCUUCGACGCUGGCUAAUUUGACUGGAACCGGGUUGUGGGUUGGGAGUUUUUCAUGACCGGAGGGUGAUGUUGAUCGGCUAUGGCGUUGUUGCGGGGACGGUGGUGUUGUAGGGAAGGGCUGGAGGUGAGCCGACGAGGGGGUUUGGGUGUGGGAGUUUGGGGAGUAGGGUAGAAGGACGACGACGGGGAGGAGGAGAAGGAGUAGUGCGUGGAUUUUAUUUUAUUUUUUAUUUUAUUUUUUUCCUUCUUAUUUUUGUUUUGUUGGGAAUUUUUUUAGUGGCGUCGAUCAGUGAUUGAUCGUUGUUGUUGUUGUUGGUGGUGGUGAUGUGGGAUUGAUUCCACAUGGGUGCCCCGCCGAGUGUUAGCAUUAAGAGUGAGGGAUCGGAGGGUACGGCCAUGACUGGUAGUAAAGGGACGGAGGGGGGUGAGCGCACUCAUGGUCUUCAGCUUCUGCUGCACGAUACGGGUCUUGAUUUGGAGUGGAGUCCCUCGGAGCAGAGCAUUCUAAAUGAGAACCUCGUCAAGUUUGCUAAUGAGUCGAGCAGUAUGUCCAAAUAUGUCAAGAUCGCCGCUCUGCUGCCGGACAAAACAGUUCGUGACGUUGCUUUGCGAUGCCAUUGGCUCUCUAAAAAUGAAGAUGCCAAGCGUAAGUCGGAAGAACUCGCUGCUAAAAGUCACAACGACCAGAAGGCGUUCUACAAGCAGGGACAUUCUGCAGUACCCAUGUAUACUGCACCCCUUCCACCAAUGGAAACUGACGACGGCAUUUCCUUUGAAGGUCUUCGAUUGUGCCAAGCCAUUGGCGGCACAACUGGCAAGCUUCUCGAGGUGAAUUCUCAGGCGAUCUUGAAGAUCAGAGCAAACCUUGCUGCUUCUCAGGCUCAAGAGAAUACGGACUUAUUGGUGCAGGUUAGGGAUAACAUCUAUGCUAUUUUGAAUGGAAUGAUGUCCAUGCCAGGGAUAAUGAGCCAAAUGCCUCCCUUGCCAGUGAAAUUGAACUCAGAGCUGGCAGACAGUAUUCUUCCUCAGCCUACACCUCAGCCGUCAGCAGCUUAGCAUUUGAAAGUGAAGAAAUUUGCAAUUGCCAUCAGCUACUACAAACUUAUUAUUGAAGGAGAUAAAGGCUCGUCUUUUUCGCCACAAGUGCCUUGUAUCGUACAGGGACUACACCAUUGGAUAUGAAUGAGAAACAGUGGCUCACUACAGGGUAGUAUGCGAAAAGAGACCAAAGUGUUCGACAUCGAGUCAUAUCUGGUUGUAUCUAGUGUUUUGGUCCGAAUUAUGAAUGAGAGUUUCUCAGAUAAGUGGUGAUCUACACCGGGCCCUUAGUAUCUAAUUGAAAGUGAAUUUGGACAUAGAUUUUUUCUUGUAUAUUUUUUCUUUUUUUAAUAUAAAAAGGAUAGUAAAGGAGAAAACUUGUAUUCGGUUUCGUGCUUUUGAAACCUCAAAUGGCAGAUAUUUGAUAAUCUUGGAUAA